AUGACCAGCGGAUCUCCAGUAAUCACAAAAUGUGAACUGAAAAAUUCCACACACAAUGAACAUCAUCAGGAUCUCAAGUCUUGGACAAACUACAGAUAUAAAGGAACAAUGGUAAGUAAAUUCUUAUCCUAUUUAUGGUUGUUUGGUGUUCUAUCAUGGCCAUGCGCAUAACAUUACUUGCCAUUUGGUAGAUUAGUAUGUAAAGUUAGCUCAACCUUGGGUUGUUUAGCUUGUAAAUGUUUCGACGGUAAGUUGUUUCACUGAUAUGUUGUUUGGCUGGUUGCGCAAUGUUUUUUUGCAAUUGGUUUUUAUGGUUGACGGGUUGCGUGGCUGGUUGUUUGGUUGGUUUGAUCUCAUGUGACAUUUCAAUUUUCAUUUCAAAGUAUCAUUACCACUCACCACUUCAAUUGGCAUAUAUCUGCUUUUAAACCUCGUUUUCAGACCAGAAACCUUGUGGACAGACUCCAUGCCAACAUAAUGGUACUUGUCAGACAGGAUUUACAGACAAAGGUUACAGAUGCCUUUGUCCACCUGAAUACAAGGGCACCAACUGCGAGAAAAGAAACGGUUGGUAAAAAUACAUUUUUCAUUUGGUGAAAUACUUUUAUCAAAAACUCUACGUAACCCUUUAUGUUAUCUUUUUGUAAGUCUUAUUCAGCCCAACUCCAUUAUUUUUUUCAAAAUCAAGUCAUCAUAUAUGUGCUGGUUCUUUUACCAACAGUAAGAUGGAUACAGAUGAUGCCAUCUACAGUUUGCUUUGGGGCACGAGAUGAUUCGUAAGGUUUCUCUAGAACUUCCAAGGCGAGUAACAUCAUUACAUUCAAAUCAAUGCAUAAAUCCGGUUACGUGACCUGUGAUUCAUCGAACCCAAGCUAUCAAUCCAAAUGGGGAUGCCUUUAGAACCGUCUCAUUCCCAACCAUAUAGAGAAAAGAUGCAAAUGAGGUGCAGGCACGCAAAAACCACCAACGUGUUUGUGGUCUUUUUAAUACUUACUGCUGCCUUCCCUCUGAAAUACGACCACGAGGGUAUAUGUGUAAGACCUCACACUUUCUACUGGCCGGGUUUGGAGUUGCUUACGCAUUUCACUGGCUGGAAUAUUAGGGUAUUUGGUUGUUUCUCGUCUUCAGUGAACUGUUGGACUGAGAGCCCUAUUUGCAUAAGGAACAAUGCCACGUUAUUGGCUGGAGUCGAAGUAUUGUUUCACUCUUCAUUGAACAGUGAUCUCUCUAAUGGUGUUGUUCUCACCAAUCUGUUUAAUGGCUCUGCUUGUAUUACAUUCUUCCGACGUCCAUGGAUCAGCUACUACGUUCCACCCGAGUUCCUGGGAAUUUUGAAUAUGCCUGAUUUCUCAUGUCGGUUACGCCUACGUAGGCACAGGUGUCCAAUAGCCUACUAUGCAAAUUCAUGUGCCUCAUUCCAUCAAGUGCUAAUUGGCGAUCUGGUCUUCAAACUUAAUCCUGGUCCUGAGGGAUGCGGUAUAUCAACAAUUGUGAAAUCACGCCAUCAAAAUAAUGGAACUUUACGGGCGCCUCAAUCACGUUCUUCAUUGUCUAAAUCAACAACUAGGAAUGUCUCAAACUUUACUAAAGUGCAUUGUUUGUCUGCCAACUACGUAAAUGGGGUCUUUUUGUCAAUUUGUCACAUGAAUGCCCAGUCGGUGCGCAACAAGACAGCCGAUUUUGUAGAUUACGUCUGUGAACGUAGAUAUGACUUGGUUGUGAUUACCGAGACGUGGCUCCAGCCCCAUGAUGAUGCGCUAAGAUUAGAACUGUGUCCUCCUGGUUACAAGUUUAUUGACUUUCCACGACAAGAACGGACAGGUGGAGGCAUUGGACUACUGUACAAGGAUUCACUUCGUGUUAGCACGACUCGAGAUAGAAUUCAAGAGUGGCUUGAAUUUUGCCAGUUGUUGGUCCAAACGUCGACUUCCUGCAAGAUACGGCUUGUGAUCGUCUACCGUCCACAGAAUUGUGAUGACCACCGCAGGGUUCCCAUUAACACUUUUCUGAUGGAGUUUUCUGACCUGAUGGAGUCCACUAUUCUAUCCAAAGAGCCUUUGAUUGUCGUCGGUGAUUACAACAUACAUGUGGAUGUUCCUAAUGACACUGAUGCACUUAAGUUUUUAGAUCUGCUUGAGUCUCUCGGUUUGGAGCAGCAUGUGACAGAGCCAACGCACAAACGUGGUCACACCCUGGAUCUUGUUAUAACAAGAAAGAUUGAGGAUAUUCUGGCGAGUCCACCACGCGCCUGUCGCUAUUUCUCCGAUCAUGCAGCUGUACAUUGUCAUGUUGCCAUAAGUAAGCCGUCAUUUCAGACUAGGAUAAUAAAGUUUAGGAAAACUAAAUCCUUGGACGCUGAGAGCCUAUCGAACGAUGUAGUACUUACAGGGCUAUGUGAUCGAGGUAAUAGCGCUCCCAUCACCCCACUGGAUUUGGAUGUACUUGUAGAGGAUUACACGACCACACUCUCUCAAGUUCUUGAUCGUCACGCACCUUUAAAAACCAAAACAGUGCGGGCUAGGCCCAAGGUACCCUGGUAUACCAGUGAGAUAGCCGAGGCAAAAAGGCGACGCCGGAAAGCAGAACGGAGAUGGAGAAGAACACGAUCACAGGAAGAUUUGUUGGCAUUCAAGAAACUCAAGAACCACGUUACUUAUUUAAGCACACAGGCUAAGCAUGCUUUCUACUCAGACUUUGUGAAGGACAAUAGUGAAAACCAAGGAAAGCUAUUCAGGGCCACUCGAUCAUUGUUACUUCCUAGGAAUGAGUUGUGUUUUCCAGAAUACACGGACAACUCAAUCUUAGCCAACGAUAUCGGGCGGUUUUUCGACCGUAAGAUUGCAAAGAUUCGGGCAGAGCUUGAUGCGUGUACUCUUCAUCCUGGGGCGGUGGCUGAGGAUAGAGUGUUUACAGGCGAUAGGAAACUUGAUCAUUUCAAUACGUAUUCUGUGGAAGAUAUAAGGAAGCUGGUCAGUAGAUCAUCGAAGAAAAGCUGUCAACUUGAUCCUAUGCCGACCAAUUUAGUAGUCGGCAUGUCCGAUAUGCUUCUCCCCAUCAUCACUAAUGUCGUGAAUUCUUCACUUUCCUUGAGACACUUUCCAUCUGAUUGGAAAACGGCCCUUGUGGAUCCAAGACUGAAGAAGACCAAGCAAGGGACUUCCUUAUCCAAUUUAAGACCUGUGAGUAAUCUGCAAUACCUCUCUAAAUUGGUUGAAAGUGCAGUUUAUGAUCAGACAACGGAUCACGUUACUCAGUCGGGUUUGUAUCCCAUCCUCCAGUCAGCCUAUCGACUUGGUCAUAGCACAGAGACUGCCCUAUUGAAGAUACAGAAUGACAUACUAGCUGCAAUGGACAAUCAACGAGUUACUCUUUUGGUAUUGCUAGACCUGAGUGCAGCAUUUGACACGAUUGACCACCAAGUGUUGUUGAAUCGCCUGUGCGUGACGUAUGGAAUUACAGGUACCGCUCUUAAAUGGUUUCACUCGUAUUUAUCAAACAGGAAACAGCGAAUCCUGAUUAACGGGAGCUAUUCGAGUGACUUUGAUCUGCCUCAAGGGGUACCUCAAGGAUCAUGUCUUGGUCCCUUACUCUUCACGUUGUACCCAAGUAAGCUCUUCGAUGUUGUUGAAUCCCAUCUCCCUAACGUUCACGCAUACGCUGAUGAUAUGCAGCUCUAUAUCUCAUUUUAGCCGGAUGGUUCUGCUACUGAGACGGAUGCUGUUGACGCUCUACAAGCUUGCAUCAGGGACAUAAGAAUCUGGAUGGUCCAAGACAAACUUCGGCUGAACGAUGCUAAGACCGAGUUUCUUAUUAUAGGUACACGCGCACAGUUAAAUAAGGUUAUGAUAAGUGACUUGCAAGUAGGUAAGGUAAAGGUUUCUGCGGUUUACUCUGUUAGAAACCUGGGUGCUUGGUUUGAUGCAAACAUGAAUAUGACCACACAUAUUAACAGCAUAUGUCAGAAUAUUUAUUACCAUCUACAUAACAUCCGGCGUAUUAGAAAGUAUUUAUCAUAUGAUAAUAGGAAGUCCAUUGUACAGGCUAUUAUAAUGUCACGAUUAGACUAUUGUAACGGUCUAUUAUAUGGUACGCCCGCUGGUCAUCUCGGUAAGCUGCAACGCCUGCAGAACGCGGGUGCUCGGCUGGUAUGUACUAUAUCUAGGUAUGAUCCUAUCAUACCAUCCCUGAUCAACCUGCACUGGCUUCCGGUUACCCACAGAAUAGCAUUCAAGAUAGCAAUGCUAGUUCACAAACGUAUCUACGGUGUCGCACCACAAUAUCUUUCAGACUUGAUAAAAAUCAAAGAGAGCUCGCGGUAUCAGUUGAGAUCAUACCGGGGCAUACUCCUAAUGGACAAUACCUAUAGAACAAAAAAGACACUCAGGGAUAGGGCGUUUGAAAAUGCUGCACCCAAAGUAUGGAAUCGACUCCCUCUAGAAAUUAGACAAUGUCAAUCAUUGAACAUUUUUAAAGUUUUACUAAAGACACAUCUUUUUAAAUGAGCUUUUUAUUAGUUCUUUUAUUAACUCAUACUUUACUUUUAUUGUUUUCCGAAAAUUGUAAAUUAUUAUUAUUAUUAUUAUUAUCAUUAUCUGGACUAGCCAUUUAUUACUUUAAGAUUUUAGUGUUGUAAUGCGCACUCGAUCAUAUCUUUAUCGCAUGCUAGACUGCGCAAUAUAAGGAAAUAAACAUUAUUAUUAUUAUUAACCAAAUGGCCGCGUUGACAUCUGACAAGAACCGCAAUCUUCUUCUCCCAAAGAGUGAUUUUCUAUCAGAUUAUUGGGGCUGCAAGUUUUACAGCCUGCCUUGGGCCACAACCGAAUCGCCACAACUGCUCUUUGAUAAUUUCUCUACCCCACUGACGGUGGAAACGAACCAAGAAUUCCAAAUCUGGUACAGUGAGGACUUGUUCAGAUGGGGUUAUGGCGAUAAUGGGUACGAGAAAACGUGUGUUGCAGUGUACGGUUUGUAUGUUUGAGUAGUCACCCAAAUUACAAAGUAAAUUAAAAGAAAAGAGUGCCAAAAUUGUUGUUCAUGCCUUUAUUACUUCAAUAUUAGAUAGCUGCAACUCACGACUAUAUGGUCUACCGAAGUAUCUACUUUCAAGAUUGCAAUCCGUUUGAAAUAUAGCAGCUCGAAUUAUUACACGUACUAGGAUACUGAUCGUAUGACCCCAAUCCUAAAAAAAAAAAAGCUUCACUGGCUUCCUGUCCGUCACUGUAUAGUUUAUAAAAUUCUUCCACUGGUCUACAAAGCUAUCAAUGGAGCAGUGCCUUGCUGCAUCAGUGACGUACUUAAUUAUUGCACCUCUGAACGGACACUAAGAUCCUCUUUUCAACACCUUCUGGCGACCCCAAAAGCGAGACUAAAGACCAGGGCGGGACCAGGACUAUGGAACUCGAUCCCACUCGAACUAAGAUCUAGUUCUUCAAUUGACAUUUUUAAAAGACAUUUUAAAACGUAUCUUUUUAAACAAGCUCAUAACUCCUUUUAGUUUUAUUAGAUGAUAAAUAUGUUUCAUUACUCAGAAUUUUUCAAUUUGUUUAUUCCCAUAUAUAAAUGUAUAUUUUUUCUUUUCUUUCCCCUUUUUUUUUUAGCUUUUUUAUGACCUUAACGUAAAGCACCAUGGACAAUUAGUGGAUUGGCGAUGUAUUAAUAUAUUUACCAUUAUCAUUUAUAAUACAUGUACUUAUGACGUCAGGAAAAAAUUUUCUAACUUUAGUUAUGUUCCUCUCUUCGAUUCAAGAACGAAGGAAAAGAAUGCUUGUCCUGGUAAAGGCCUUGCUUGGAAUCGAGAAUUCAUAAGAAUGAUCUGUGCGACUUUACAAUAUGCACCCUAAGUUUAUAGAGAUGAAAUAAAGAAACUUGAACAUAUGCUGGUCUAUUCUCAUUUUCGCCUUGCACCCUUUCCUACAAUGGUUGGCCUCCGGGUUCAUGGAACAUUUGAGAAUUAAACUGGCGAGUUCAAAUUCAAAUUCUGCCUCUAUUUUCUUAUGUAAGAUAUCUCAAACUGGUAUUAGUUCUGCGAGCAUUCGCCCUUUUGAAUUUUAAAGUUCAAUUUGCUGCCCUCUACACUCGCUGGAAAACAAAACCUACUCUGAUUUCCUAGAAUACUUUGUCAUUCCCGUCGUACUCAAAGGUUUUCCACGGACUUCACAAUGAUUUUCAUAUCCAGAACCAAAUUAUACUCAGCAGAAAGUAAGGGAGGCUACAAGGUACAAUUGAGUAUUUUCAACUGAGUUGAUAACCUAAAUUAGCCACCGGAAAGAGUCUAAAGCUGACGAAUCGAGCGUUAGUCCGUAGUUACUCGCUCUGACGAAGGGCGAACGCUCUAAACGUCAGCUUUAAAACUCUUUACGGAUUCCAAUUUACGUUACUAACUCAGUUGCUAAAACUAAAUUACCCUGUGAUACUCUCCCAUCCAAGCAGCACCAAAAUUUCUUUAGAAACUUCGUCCCUCUAAUAAAAGGAAGUUGGGUUUCUUCUCCAUAAAACACCUUAUGCAUGAACCUUUUGACUUAUUUGGAAAAUAGAAUAAAAAAGAUGGUUAGAUUUCGAGCCCACUAAAGAAAUAAAGAAAGAAAUUUUUUUCGUCACGUCACGAGCGUGAGACAAAGAAAAAAUGCUGAGUCCCCAUGAGAAUCGGACCUCAAAUCUUCGGACUCCGCGCUCCGACGUUCUACAACUGAGCCAAGGAGACUCUGUGGUGGGCAAGGCCCACUCCGAAGCUCAUGCAUGAUACACGUCCUACAAACUGCUAUUAUCAGGGUAACAAAGGCCAACAAAUAGUGUAACAACAGGGUAAUUGCUUUCAUCAAGAGAAAGUAAUGGUCCCAUUAUUUCUUUUGUUUUUAUUUUUAAAUUCAAGUUUUACAGGAAAAGAAGUGGCCAAUAUUCGUGGGUCAUGUGUAACGAGUAAAUUGUCGCGACAAAUUUUCGCGGGUAAGUAUCACGGAUGAAUUGAAAAAAAAGGGUCGUUCAGUUAGAAAAAAGCCGUGAGUAAAGGACAUUGUCGUAAUAAAAUCUGCUAUUAAUUUUACACCUUGAAAUUCAAAAAAGAGAUGGGGAGAGAGAAGUCAGCUGGGAAGAGCUGAGAAGAAGGCAAAGGGCAAACAGCAUUGAGGGCCUCUGGCCACGGCGAAGAUGGACUGAAUUAUGGUAAAUAGUAAUAUAAAUAGCAACAAAAAAUUAACACCAACACAUUUAUUUCUUUAAAACUUAAAGAGUAAUAAUUCGACAGAAAACUUUUUCGCGAACUGAAGGACGAAAGGUCUUGAAACCACACUGUCCGCUACGAAAAUAAUGGGUCAGGCAGUGCACGAUUUUUCAUUCACUUUCCGUUAUUCAAUAUCCUUUCCUAUCCAGAUUAAUAACUCAAACAUUUAAAAAAUAAACGAAUGACAUUGUGGCACAACGUCUAUCACAUAUCAAUUUCAGAUAGUGCACGGCUGUCGUUCCCCGCUUCGCAUAUGUUGUAAUCAAAUAGUUUUUCUUCGUUUUCAGAUAUGGUGGCGGAUCACAGAGCAGUUUCGAUAGCCCGUUUACAAUAUUAUAGAUCAUAACGCCACAUAAAUUUAAAACGUUUUUUUAAAGGCUUCGAGCACAUUUUCCACGAAAAAUGUCGAUCGCAGUUAUUAAUGUAACUCCAAAAACUGACAAAUUUCAGAAUAAUUGAAACAGGAUCAUGACUUUCCUAUUAAUUUCAUGUUUAUUAUUACCAAAGUUGGCAAUAAAAUAAUUAUACGUCGAUAAAUUCAAACGCGAUAAAUUUUGCGAUGUGUUUAUCUUUUUUGCGCCGGAUGCAUUUUUUGAUCUUUCACAAUUUGAAAGUAUUUGGACCAAAAAGUCCAAUAGAACUUGAAGGUUUAAGUUUCUGUUAUCCUAAGAAUAUGGAAUUAUAUUCCCUAAGAGACCUUAUUCCUUUUUAUUGAGCACAGCGCAAAACAACUAUUUGCGUCAUUUGCGCUAAUUUCCACAUAGAACUGACAGCUGCUGAGAGCUUUGUUUAAUGUAUUUUCAUGAUACGCUUUCCUUCAUAACAAUAGGUCGGUUUGGGCUGCUAAGUCCACUGCUGGGAGCUGGUGAUCGACUUAAAACUUUUAGCACACGUGCGGGGUAGAAAUGGAAGACCGUAAUCUUGAAUUGACUUGCUUGACGUUCGGUAAAGGUGACUGGAAAACUGCCAAUCAUUAUCCAUCGUCGAUUCAUUUAUGAGUGCAAUCCUAUUUCAUAUAUCACUUUCAUUCUCUUGGCUGAUACAGAAAGGAUAAACGUUACAAAAUAAACCAAAUUAGGAAAACAGCCACGUUCAACAUCCACCCAUGAUUGGAACUCAUUUUUGUGAAAUUAAAGGGUAUUUAACGAAGAUUAUUAAAUGCAUCCUACUCAGAAAGUUGGAUAUAAGAUGCAAAACACAAACAACUUCGAUAACUAACUAUUAAGUCAAUUAAAAAUCCUACAUUCCCAACUCUGUUCUCUCAAUAACAUGCACGUAUUACACUGUUAAGUUAAUUUCCAUUGUAGUUUAGUAAACAGAAUUUGAUGUCUUUUCAUCGAGAGGAGGUAGAUUUUUACCGCUCUCGACCAUCUCAGAGAAUUUUGUUUUACCUUAGAACAUUGAUGGAACAUGAAAGAGUAUUUUAUAAGUUCUAAAGAAAGCUAUUGGCGCAAAAGUCUUUAAGGACUAGUUUAAAAUACUCUCUUCAAAAAUUUCACCAAAAACUUAAUGACCCAGUAUGGUUGAAUUAUUGGAAAAAUUUGCAUAAAUGUUGCGUACAACUUAUAAAGUUUCUCUAGUUUGAAAAUUUAUGGCGUUGCAACGUUCGCUCGUUUGCCAUUAAUCAAUAAUAACUUUGAUUUGGAAAGAUGCUUCUUAAUCUUUUUCGUCGACUUCAAAUGCCAAGAUCAAAACUUUUUACAGAGGAAGAAUAGUUUUUGCCGUGUUAUUUCUGGAAAGAACCUCAUUUAUACUCACAAAGGCUGGGUGUACAUAACAGGUGGCAUCUGUAAACAAUUAAAAAAGAAAUGAUAACUUGACUACUCUCCAUCUGAGAUGUAUAACGUUCAACUUUCAAAUCAACUUAUCUUCCGGGAAGGGUCGAUUUAUCACGUUUAUACUAAAUUUAUCAAUAAAAACAUUUUUAAUCGUAUUAGCAUAAAUUACCUCGACUCGAGGGAAAACAAAACUAACUGCUUCGCUCGGGAACAUACAUUUAGUGUAGCAAUUGCAAUUUUUUUUUAUAACUUCUCCACUAUGAACUUUAAUGAUCAGUUUGCUUCCCUUGACAUUUGUUUGAAAAAAAAAUUACAUUCCUUCCGCGAAUCCUUUGUCAUUCGCGUCAAGUACCUGCAGUUUUUUAAAUGGACGUUAUAAUUAUUUCCAGAUGUAGAUGCUACUCAGAGGGAAGUGAUCGAAGUAGUUUGUUCGUUCACAAAAGGCCUUAUGCAAAAACAUUUUUAGCAAAUUAUUUAGAAAAGAAUCCUCGAUAAACUCCUUUUUUUUAUUUUCUUUUUUAAAAUGGAUGAUUUGGUGCAAAGUGCGUUUACUUUUCUCAAUCCAAGGUUGUUUGUUGAAUUUACUUUUGUCAGUAAAUGCAUAUGGUGUUUAUAUAAUAAACAAAAAAAUAGAUGGUUCCCCGUAGAUAUGGAAUUUCCUGUUUCGUGUUCAACACUCACGAGUGAGUGCAGUGAACGAGAAGAGAAAAUAGAGUGGUUUAGCAAGAGGACGGGAACGUCAUUUGAGAACGGCGCGCGCAGCAAAAAUGCCGAGAAGAAACUGGGUCGAGAACGCCGUCGCGUUGUGUUGAAAAGUGAUUUAGCAAGGGAAACGUGCAGCAAAUUCUUGUUCUAGAAUAUCAAUUGACUAUCGGUAAAAUUCUCGUCGUAAAUUGCUAGUUAAUCAGCUACAAUUUAGGGCAACGAAAUUAAUGCUACUGUAUACCACUUGUCAAACGCAGGCGGGGACGACUACGGCACGAGUUACUCGCUAGGACUUUGUUUGAAUAGCAAAUGAGGUGAAUUUCGAAAUUCUACUUUGACUUAAACAAAAUUUGGGAGGGUAGUUUUGUAUUAAUUUCUGUAGAAUUUAGCCUAUUAAAUGUGUUUUUGUGAAAUUUGUGUAAUUGUCGUCAUCUUUUCAUGCGAGUUGUUUUCGUGAGAACGGCUUUCGUGAUCUCUGUAUUGCGAUUCCUUUGUGGCUUCCCAUAUCAUAGAUCAUGGCGAGUGGUGGUUUAAGCUCUGUCCGCGAUGCUUUGUUAACAGCCAGCUUCUAUGAUAUUAUCGACGAUGACGAAUUUGUUCUUCUAUAUGACGCCUAUUCGUCAAAACCUAUUUUCCCAUACUGGAAAUUCCCCAGAUUCAGUGUAGACGAGUGGAGCGAUGUGGAGUGCAAGACUGAGCUUAAAUUUGCGAAGAAACAUCUGCCUGAAUUAUGUGAAUGUUUAGGAAUUCCUGGAAAAAUUACAUGCGUGCAAAGAACAGUAUGUGGUGGGAUGGAGGGCCUGUGCAUUUUAUUGAAGAGGUUGGCAUACCCUUGUAGAUACACAGACAUGGUACCCCGCUUUGGCAGGAAUCCGACCGAGCUUUGCUUAAUCUUCAACACUAUGAUCGAUUUUAUCUACGAUAAUCAUAACCAUCGACUUCGCAGCUGGGAUCAGUUCUUUUUACAGCCUAACCAGCUGUACAGCUAUGCAGAGGCUGUGCACCGUCUUGGUGCUCCAUUAGGCAAUUGUUUUGGGUUUAUUGAUGGUACUGUGCGUGGAAUAGCGAGGCCACAAGAAAACCAAAGGGUUAUGUACAAUGGCCACAAGAGAAUACAUUCCAUAAAAUUUCAGAGUGUUGUCAUCCCAAACGGAUUAAUUGCAAACCUUCAUGGCCCCUUUGAAGGUAAAAGACACGACAGCACAAUGCUCCAACAAACAGACAUUCUCAAUGAGCUUCGGAGGGUGGCAUUUCAUAAUGGGCAUCCUCUUUGUCUUUAUGGUGAUCCUGCAUACCCGUUGGGUGUUCACCUUCAGGCCCCUUUUAAAAACAUUCAACUCACUCCACAAAUGGUUUUGUACAAUGCGGCCAUGAGUGAAGUAAGAGUUGCAGUUGAGUGGCUUUUUGGUAAUAUUACAAACUAUUUUAAGUUUAUUGAUUUUAAAAGCCAAUUACAAAUUAACUUGUUCAGUGGGGAAAUUUUACAUUGUUUGUGCCCUUUUGGAAAAUGCGUUGACCUGUCUGUAUCGUAACAUUGUGUCAGAAAAGUUUGAAGUUCAACCACCUUCUUUACAGGACUACUUCCAAUAAUUUGAAUUCGUUUCAUUUUGUAUUUUGGCCAAUAGAAGAGUUACACUUAUUGAUGUUGGAGGGUUAAAAAUUUAAAGAAAAAUUGUAUUAGUAAUCACUUGUACAUUGUUUACCUUGUUUUGGGGCUUUCUAUGAGUGCGGAGUAUUGUAAAUCCAAAUUUGUAAAAUAAGCUGAUGAGUGAGAAAAAUAUUUUCUUCAGUAGAAAUAAACAUCAGCACAACCUACAUGUGUGGACAUUUCUGUUUACACUUAAUACUUUUGUGACAUUUGUGCAAAUUUUUGUGCCAUCAUGGAUUUAAUCAAUUAGUAUACUUGCUAACUUAGGUCACGGAAUUCCUUGAAAAGUAAUGGAAAUUUUCAUAGCUCAAAAGUGUAUUACCCCUGGCCCCUGGUUAAUGUGCACCAAUAACUUUAUCUGGUAAACACAACAUUUGUUUUAUGAUUGUACAAAGUGCUUUUUAAUGAUCAAGGUUGUGGUUUUCUUUUUUAUUCGUAAAAUGGGCUGCUGCCCAAAAAUUUUAUUUAAUAAAUAAAGAUAAUCGAGAUAAGUGGCCUUUACAAUACAAAAUAUGCUCUAUUUGAUUAAAAAUUUUGUUUUAUAUAACAAAAAAUAAAAAACAUGCAAAACUCAGGUAAUGACAUUGCAUUCAAUGUUGAUGUAUAUCAAAGCCAAACCCUUAAACUCUGUUAAACUGUUGCUGAAAUGCAUGUGUUUGAUGUGUCAAAACUUGCAUCAUUUGAUGCUGCAUCAUGGCAAAUUGUUGUUGUUGUUCGCUGUGCUGUUGCUGCUGUUGCUGCAUUUGUUGCAGCAGUUGUUGUUGAAAUAAUUUCAUUUGCUCAUUUUGAGCUUGCAUUUGAGCCAUAAACUGUUCAGUUUGAGCUCUUUGGGCUUGUCGUUCUUCCCUUCUUUCUUGGAGUUCUUGCUCCUUCAUCUCUCGCAUAUUCUCUCCCUUUUCUCUCAACCACUCAAUUGCCUCUCCUGAUCUUCUUCUUUUUUUCUCCUUUUUCCCUUCAUCCUUUUCUGUUUCUUCUCGUCUCUUUUUGGUUUGACUGAACCUCUCCAUUGCUCUCUCCCUCAUCUCUAUUGCCUUCUUUUUCUCUCCCUCUACCAGUUUCUUGGCCUCGUCCUUCUGCUCUUUUGUCUUCUCAGAUUCCAUCUCUAAUUCCACUAACUCCUCCACCAGCUUUUCAGCUUCACUCAUUUCUUUAUCUCCUCCACCACUCUCUCUCUCCUCUUGUCUAACUUUUACUCGCCAUUUCUUUGCCAGAAUAUUGAAGCGGUCUCUCACCGAUCGUGAAAUGACAGGCAUACCUUCUGCCAUAAGAGAAGAGGCAACAACCUGCCAUAAUGCUCCUCUCUCCCUUGAUCCUGCCCUACUAUUGAUAAAAACACCCUCAGCCGCCACAGCUCUCAAGAGUUUGACAUCUUUUUCUUCAGUCCACACCAUUAUAGAUCUAAUAACAAUCAUAAACAAAAACUUCUUUGAAAAGUGGCUAUAUAAACAAAUAUUACAUCUUAACCUAACAUAUAUCACUUGAAAAUAGGAGGUACAAUCAUUCAUUUAACCUAUUUUUUAAAUGAGAAAAACAGCUUAUUUCAGUCUUCAGAACUACAACUGCACAGCCAGUGUAACAGAUAUGAUUAGAAAACUAGGAUGGGUCACAAGAAAAAAGAGUGAUGAAGAACAGACUAACACAAAUAUGUAAAAUCAGGUAUAAUCUUCCUGACAAUAAAUCAGAAAAAUAUUUAAGAUUUUGUGAUGAGACCUGUACAUGUGGAAGCUGUCUAACGAAAUAUAACAUUCCAACAAAAGAUUAGCUAAAACAACAAAAUAUUCUGCCAAAGUACUCCUAUUAUCAAAUACUGUAUCAUCUGGUAAAACACAUGGCUAAUUUGCAUAAUUUUAUUUUCUCAUUUUGUUUUAUAUAUUUUAAUUUCUUCGCGUUCAAAAUUGCACUAAAAAAAGGUUUAAACUUAUUUACAAGAUAUUAAAUUUCAUCCUCACUUUUUCUUUAGGCCUGGGCUUUCUGAGCUGCUUUCUUCCAUUGUAAAAAUAGCAUCAACAACCACUGAAAAAAAUGUUGCAUCGAUUUUAUUGAAUCGACUGCUCGACUUGCUCAUGCUGUUUAUACUAAAACACGAUAUAUUGCGAAAGUUAUUGUUCUAAGAUUUCUCAGAGUACCUUUAUAAGAUGAAAAACUGUGAAAGAGAAGAACCCAUACAUCGGUGAAAAAAAAACCAUCUAAGUGGCGUGAUACUAAUAAUUAAUUGAAACUUCCGAUCACAUCCGUACGAAGAACCUGACUCAUGUAUCAGAGCACUUUUGACAACACUUCCAGAAAAAAACUACAGUGAGAAAUUACCUAUCCUGGAAAUUAUUUUUCGAUUAUUCUAUGAGAUUCCCUUACCUUUUAAACCGGUUUAAUGAAGGCAAAUCCAAGCCGUCUUGAUCAGGACGGGAAAACCUACCAAAUGCCGUCCUAAACUUGUUGUGAGACCGGCAACGCCAUCACCGGAAGUCGUAUUAGACUCGUGUCCAGACUCUCCGCGCGCUUUCCCGUUCUGAAAUGACGUUCCCGUCCUCUUGCUAAACCACUCUAUUAUCUACGCGCGCUCAUCUAUUGUGCUUCGUGAUUAAACGCCAGGGUACAUCUGGAAGACAAUAAUGGUUAGAGUGGGAAUAGUGGUAAUUAGACCUAAUAAAUUAUUAAAUUCUCCAUUAUCCCCAUAAACAUCCUUGUUAACCUUGAAGCUUAUCCGCAAUUAGAAGAAUGUACAUACCAAAGAAGGCCUAACUAUCAGUGUGUUAAAGAUCUUGGAACUUCGAGAACAUGUGAGGACAUGUAAAUCAAGCAUCACUAACGUAAGAAAUUACCCAAAGCUUGAUCAUGAAACUCAAACCACUUUCUUACUUAGAUAUAAAAGUAAAUAUGUUCAUAACUAAACUCAGGGUCAGAAAACAAAGCAAAGAAAACUUGGAGAAUCUCGCACAAUCAUCGAUCAAGCUUGAACUUGUCGGGGAAAAGGAAUUUAAGUUAUUUCAGAUAAACGACCACCACUACGACCAUUGUGCAUAAUUGAAUUGAUAGAUAAUAUCGGAAAGUAAUGACUCGAGGUUUUCUUCUGAUGUCAGUUAAGCUUAUCAUUAUUUUAACGCAACGUGGCUGAGAUUAGGAAUGCCCCAUUUUAUUUCAUGAUCCCUCUCAAGAAUUGGAAGGUAAAGAAUCCAAAAAGAACACCAUUCACAGACGCAAUUUUUGACUACAGACAAUAUCGAAAAAACAAGGAAAACAGGUUGUCAUAGCCCUCUCAGAUAUGUUUACAACAAGACCGUAUGCGUCUGUUAUAGACACGAUAUGCAAAAAGGCGGUCGUCAGAUUCCAAGAGAAUAAGGGAGUUUUGAGUAGUUUAAGAACACCUGGUGGAGGGAGAUAUCCACACGCUAAAUUUUUAUGAUAUUGUUCUAAGGACUGAUUUCGGUGUCUGAUACGUAUGUUAACAUGUAAAGAUAAAUAAUUAUUCUUAAGAGACCCAAUUCUCUCCAUCGAGCGAAGCGGUUAACAUCCAUUUGCGUCAUUUGCUUUAAUUUCCACAUAGAACUGACAGCUGUAAGCUUUUUUCUUUAAUUUAUUAUCAUAAAACGGUUGCGUUCACAAAAAAACAGGUCGAUUUUGGAAGUUGAAUCCACUGAUGAGGGCUGGUGAUCAACUUAAACUUAUGCCAUGCAUGCGGGGUAGAAACAGAAAACCGUUACCUCGAAGCAGGCACGGAAUUUGUCUCAUUUUUCAUGAUAGUAGCCUAGAAUGCAUUAUUGAAUUAUAGAAAAGGUGAGUCGCAGACGGCGAAGAAAGUUUUAUCCUUCGAUUCACGGAUGAGAGCAACCUUAUUUCUCUUUUAUUCUCUUUUGCUGAUACAAAAAGAGUUAAGGUAACAGCAGCUAGCAAAGACUAAGUCAAAAACCGACAACCAUGGCGUGUCCUAAUGGAAAUUACCAUAAAUUUCCUCUUUCUAUGAUCAUCGGUCUAAAUAACCAAAGACAAUCAUGUAAACUCGAAUAUGAAACUUUGAAUUUUCAAGCACCUGUAUAAUGAAGAAAGCGAAAAAAAGUUUAUAGAGGAAAAUAAAUAUUUUUUCAUGACUUAUCGAUCAUGAAGUAGAAGAGGAACUUGAAAAAAUCAGCGUAUAGCUUUUAUUAACGGCUUUUGCUCUGUCUUCCUUAAAACAAUGUAGUUCAGGAGAAACAAAACACACGAAAAUGCUUUCUAGAAAUCUUGUGUCUUCACAAAAGACAAGCGUAUGCAGUAUGCUACCAAUUUUUGUUCUCAUUUCAUUGUUGUUUUUAACGUUUUGGGGAGGGAGUCGGGGCUGGAGUUAAUUAUCUAGGGCCCUAUUAUACAAAAAAUCAGGAAUUUAAGAUAUAUCCGUGGUAACAGCGACAUCAGACGAGUGCAGAGUUCUGUCAACGUUUCGAGGUUUUGAAGAUUUGAGUAGUGGGUACUAAAAGAAAGAAAGGGAAAAAAGGAAAAAAAGGAAGAAAAUAAGAGGGUAGAGGGAAAAGAAAGAAAGCGAGAAAAAAAAGGUAAAGGCAAGAAAACCUGCUCAUCAGUUAAUUUCUUUGUUCAAGGAAAAGAAACCGAGUUCCUAACGUACUGGAAAGUGCCUGAAGGCUACAUGUGGCUCAAACAAUCAAGACUCAAGGUCACGUUUAUGUAUAAAAUAUCACGCAUGAUUGCAUCAUUAACAAUUACGAAACUGAAACUCGAAACUGAAAGCCACGCCGACGAACAGACUUUUACAAUUAAGAAAGAUGCUGUGUUAACCUUUCAUGAUUAUAAGCUAAAACUUCGAGUGAAGGGAAUCAUCUGCUUGAGAGUGAAGUAAAUCCUGCAUUCACGCCUAGAGAUCUCAUCUGAGAUGGCGUCGUCAGAAAAAAUGGAUCAUAUCCAUCCAAAACCUCCAAAUCUCGGAGAACAACUCUCCAUUACGGGAAGCAGAGAUCUACUGACAGCUGCCAAUCGUUCUUCUAGAUCCCGCCGAAGAGUUAUGGUCAUUCUUGUUGCUAUUGCAGUGGCAAUUUCUGCAAUCAUCGCAGCAGCGUUCAUUGGAAAAUACGUUUCAGAAUACCCUAGUGAUGAUAACAUGAAAAGUAAGUAUCAGAUGUCACUCAAGUUUUGCUAUUUAUUCAGAAGUCAACAAUAAAAAACAAACAUAUUUGAACAAAAGAGAGAAGUUGGUCGAAAUUUCAGCACAUCGAUGUGUCGUUGUCGAUGUCCUCAGUAAUAGAAAUUAAUCAUCUUAUUUUCACAUAAAGCUAAAAGCUAGCGGACAAAAUUAAUCAAUAGAUAUAUGGACAAGACGAUAAAAGUAUUCAGUUUGAUCAUGUAAAUGGUAAGCAUUAAAGAAGGAAACACGUAGGAGCACUUUCGUUCGCGUUGUCCAAACCCCGCCAGAUUUAUUUUUCAAAUUCGAUAUCAUAAGCUUCGUAAAUUUAAAAAUACCAAUUCUACAAAAAAGUCAUAAAGCUGACGUUUUUGUCCUCUCAUCAAUGUUAGGGUAAGAGCGAUAAGUUUUAAAUGUGCUUUGGAAAUCAAAGAGGCAAGCGAUCCGUUGACAGAACAUGCACGAGCACAUAAGUAGCUGCGAGGCUACUUAAGAGCAUUCCAGCGGUAAAAUUUCAGUUUUACAGUGAUAUCUGCCUGUUUGAAUUACCCAGUGGUUACCCAAGCGUGUGUUCCUACAGAAGUGAAGUAGGCUCCCGAAUACAACCAAAAGUUACAAAAUGGCCAAUAAUUAGCAGAUAACCAUUGUUCCAGUUGUUUUCUUAAUACCUAGUUUCAUCAGUUAGCUUUAGAUUAGUAAUAAAUUAGUCCUUUUAUGGAGCCUGGGAAAAAAUCUACGUCAUUCCAUGCAUUUUUAAAGAAGUCAUGUACAGUUCAAUUUUGGGAUCAUUCGCGAUCCGGAUUAACUUUUUAGAAAAACUUUUUUAAAACUUUUUCUUAAAUAAUAAACAGCACUGCAUGGAAUGAGAUGCUAAAAACUUGCUUCAUUCUCAUACGCGUCCUAUUUGACAACAGCAGGAGUUUAUUCAAGUAGGCAAAUAAGUUUGCUCAGUGAAGUGAAAUGAAGCAAAAGUAUGGCAAAAGUGUUCUACAUGCGUGACAUUUUGAAGAAGUUACAUAUAAGAGUACGCGUUGUGUAUGGUGGUCAAAGAUUAAGAACUAAAUCUACGAGCUGAGUUCAUGUAAGUUUUGCACACGAAUUUUGGUUCUUGAGUCCAUGCUAUUUUGAUGUAGAAGGCAGAAAUAGCAGCUCUAAUUUCACUUUAAUGGCGUAGGGUGUCACGAUGACAAAUGGCAAGUUAAGUCGAUUAAUUUACUUUUCUGAUACUUUGUUUUCUUUAACUCUAGAUUGCACUGAAUUAUAAAUUCUUCGGACAACAAUCAGGCCAAAACGAUGUCAUAUUUCCUCCCAGGGUUAAAGUUAAAAUGAAUGCUUUCAUAAAAAAAUUCGUCUCUUGUGUUGUUCCUCCAUUAAGCUACCUUUUUCUACAUUUACUUGUGUCCUCAGGCAUCGACGAGUGUAGCACUGGAAUCUAUGUGUGUGACAUAAAUGCAAACUGUACUAACACUGACGACUCUUAUAUCUGCGCCUGCAAGGAAGGAUACACCGGAGACGGGCAUUCAUGCCAAGGU